ACCGUGUUGCUACAGACGCCGUUUGACGUUUAGUUUUGCGAAAAACCGAUUUGUUUUGGACAAAUUGGAGUUUUGUUUCCGAAGUGUUCCAUGCAUGUUGCCAUGAAAAGAAAGUUACUUUAAUACAACGAUCGUCACCCAAGGCGUGGAAGAGGCCUGUGUACCAAAAUAAACGUGAGUACUGAGAUGCUGUCAGCUCGGCUAGAUCUUGAUGGAACCUUUGACCACGCCCGCAAGAAAGAGUACAGCAAACACAAAGAUGAGGUGAAUUGUUGCGCCUUUUCCCCGGACCUUGAGAUGAUGGUGACAGGCGCGGACGAUGGCCGAGUCCGAGUCUUCAACCGACUCAGCGGUCAGCUGGUCUGUAGGAUGAUUGAGCAUAAAGGUGCAAUAAAGAGUGUAGCGAUCUCAUCCGACAGCAAGUACAUUGCCAGUGCUUCCUACGAUACCACCGUUAUAGUGUGGAGGACUUGUAAUGCAUCGAUUGUGUACAAGUUAACGGGCCACAGUAGGAGUGUUGAGACUGUCGCCUUCUCUUACGACGGCCAGCUACUGUGCUCUGGAUCCUGGGACAAUAGCGCCCUCGUUUGGAACCUAAAGACAGGAACAGUGAAGAAUGUUCUCAGUGGCCAUAGAAAUGUCAUACAGUGCUGCGCUUUUUCUCUGAAUGACAAGUUUGUGGCGACUGGAUCUUGGGAUCACACUGUGCGUCUCUGGUCCAUGGUCCGCGAUCCUCGAGUCGAGCAGUGCAGAGUUCUCAACGGGCACACGGGCAACGUUUACGCUGUCGCUUUCUCAAGCAUGGGCAUGCUGGCUUCAGGAUCGUGGGAUAAAACUAUCAGGUUAUGGCGGCCUCAUGAUGGCAGUCUACUCUUCGUUCUUGAUGACCACACUGGGUGGGUGAGGGCGCUAGCAUUUUCACCGGAUGGAACCAUACUGGCCAGCGUGGGCGAUGACGAAUCGGUCAAAAUUUGGGAUGUACUAACGGGAGAAUGCGCAAAAACACUGGAGGGCAAUUUGGAGCAACUGCAAUGCUGCGUCUUCACAACAGAGGGCGCCCUUCUGGCCUCUGGAGCAGCGGUCAUGCCAACCCUGGCCUUCCAGACAUCGUCCGCGAAUGAACAGCCGUCCAAAUCCAAAACUUCCUGUGGGACAAAUAUCGGCCUGGAAGAGUCAACAGAGGGCGCCCUUCUGGCUUCUGCAGCAAGCCAUUCAAAUAUCCUGGCAUAAUGCAACGAAUCUCAGCCUAGGAGAGUCAACAGAGGGCGACCUUCUUGCCUCUGCAGCAAGCCAUUCAAAUAUCCUGGCAUAAUGCAACAAAUCUCAGGCUAGGAGAGUCAACAGAGGGCGCCCUUCUGGCCUCUGCAGCAAGCCAUUCAAAUAUCCUGGCAUAAAAGAAUGCAAUUAAUCUCAGCCUAGGGAAGGUCAACAGAGGGCGACCUUCUUGCCUCUGCAGCAAGCCAUUCAAAUAUCCUGACAUAAUGCAUCAAAUCUCAGCCUAGGAGAGUCAACAGAGGGCGCCCUUCUGGCCUCUGGAGCAGUGUCAAUGCAACCCUGGCCUUUAACCUUCCCAGACCUCAUCCACAAAAUAUGAAAAGCCAUCCAAAAUUUCCCUGUACAACAAAUCUCAGCCGAGAAAAAUCAACAGAGGGCGCCCUUCUGGCCUCUGCAGAUACCCUAUUUAGGCGGAUUCCCAAUUUCUCAAUUUCUCACAGGGUAUCAUAAAAUCAUGGUUAUUUAUAUUCCAAGAUGAAGAAGAAAAUAU